AUGAAGGCAGAAACCCUACUUGUAGUCGAGGGUUUUCACUCUUCUCAAAUUGGUAUUUACAAGUGGCCAUUUUGCUGUGUCCAUUGGAAAUUUGGAACCACAGACCACUCCUCCUCCUUCAUUUGUACUGUCUCUGGAUUGUCUCUGCGACCUGCACUGUCACUGAAUAGCCUUUGUUCUGCAACUUUUGCCAAGACAAAAAUCGUUGGGGAGAAGGAGAGGGGUGGGGCUGUAGGAUUGUAUGAGUGUGUUAUGGAGAUAUCAUAUUUAAAAAUGAUAGUAAAUGGCAUAUCCUCGUUUUUGCAUUUAUCAUUUUCUGGAAACAUGAACUGUGAACCUGUCUCAAAGUAUUACCGGAAGGCAGAGGAGAUACUUAAGUUGUUGAAGCCAAUCAUUGAUGCGAUUGUUAAUUCAGAGUUAGCUUCUGAUGAAGUGCUUAAUAAGAUGUUGGAAGAAAUUGGUCUUGCUGUUAAUGAAUUAAAGGCGCAUGUUGAGAACUGGCACCUAUUGUCUAGCAAAUUAUACUUUGUUAUGCAAGUUGAACCUCUGAUUUCAAGAAUUUGCAAUUCAGGGCUCAAUAUUUUCCAGCAGCUGAAGGCUUCUCAGCAUUGUCUCCCUGAUGAAUUAAGUUCUGAAGAUUUACAGCACUGUUCACAAAAACUUAAGCUUUUGGGACAUGAAGAAACCUCAUCAGUUAUUAAGGAAGCUAUUACAGAGUUACUGGAAUAUGUAGGGCCCAGUCCAGAGGUUCUGACAAAAAUUGCUGAUAGCCUGGGCCUACUGUCUAAUCAGGAGGUUCUUAUUGAAGCUGUGGCCCUCGAAAGGUUGAAGGAAAAUGCUGAACAAACUGAAAAGACUGCAGAGGCUGAAUACAUUGAUCAAAUGAUUGCUGUUGUAACACGAAUGUAUGAGCGUCUUGUUAUGCUUAAGCAAGCCCAGAGUAGCAGCCCAGUUUCAAUACCUGCUGAUUUUUGUUGUCCUCUUUCUUUGGAGUUGAUGACUGAUCCUGUGAUUGUGGCAUCAGGGCAAACAUAUGAGCGAGCUUUCAUCAAAAACUGGAUUGAUCUUGGGCUUACUGUUUGUCCAAAGACACGUCAAACUCUGGCUCAUACCAACCUUAUACCUAAUUAUACUGUAAAAGCACUAAUUGCCAAUUGGUGCGAGUCCAACAAUGUUCAACUAGUUGAUCCCUCAAAAUCCACAAAUUUAAAUCAACCAUCCAGCCUUCAUGGGUAUAUGGAAUCUGGUACAACCAGGGAAUCGCCUGUUUUUGCUCACCCCAGGAACAACCAGUCAUCCUCACCUGAGUCAGCGCGUUCUCGUUCUUUUAGUUCACCAGGUAAUAACACAACUUCUGGUGGCAUUCAGCUAGAGGAAACAUCAUCAUCACCCUUGCAUCCCCGUUCAAUUUCAGAAGGCUCCUUAAGUGGUAUGGGUAAUGGACAAUGUAUAGAUCUUGGUAGAAUAUCUCUUGCCGGUUUGGAUGACAGAUCUUCUAGCUCAGAUGAAAGCACCAUGGAUUCAGCUAGCCAACCAUCAAUGUCACCAACUAGAAGGGACUCUUCCAGUGCCUUUAGCUCUGAACAAUCUCAAGCCCAUAUUAGAGCUGUUUCUGAUUCCAGUGCACUUUCUAAUGCAAAUUUUCCUCAAGAAACCCAAGAUGAUGACAACAAUGCUCAGCUGUCAACGAGUCCAGGCCACAGUAGAGAUGCCUCUGGUGAAUUAAAUCCAGGGCCAGAAACUGCUGGUACUACUACCACGCCAUCAACACAUAGAGAAGCUGAGUUCCCACCCCGAUUGUUGGAGACAAGGCCUCGGAGUCAAGCCAUAUGGAGGCGAUCAUCAGAUAGGCUCGUUCCUAGGAUAACAUCUCCUGCUAUUGAAACAAGAGCUGAUCUUUCUGGUAUUGAAGCCCAGGUCCGGAAUUUGGUUGAGGGCUUGAGGAGCUCUGAUCUUGAUACUCAGAAAGAGGCAACAGCAGAACUCCGCCUUCUUGCUAAGCACAACAUGGAUAAUCGAAUUGCGAUUGCAAACUGUGGAGCCAUUAACUUAUUAGUUGAUUUACUUAAAUCAGCUGAUACAACUAUCCAAGAAAAUGCUGUUACUGCACUUCUAAACUUAUCAAUCAACGAUAACAACAAAACUGCAAUUGCGAAUGCUGGUGCAAUUGAACCUCUAAUUCAUGUGCUUGAGACUGGGAGCCCAGAAGCGAAGGAGAAUUCUGCUGCCACUCUUUUCAGCUUAUCAGUGAUUGAGGAAAACAAGAUUUUCAUAGGGAGGUCAGGGGCAAUUAGACCAUUGGUAGAUUUACUGGGGAAUGGAACCCCAAGGGGAAAGAAAGAUGCUGCCACUGCUUUGUUUAACUUGUCAAUAUAUCAUGAAAACAAGAAUAGGAUUGUGCAAGCUGGUGCUGUGAGGCACCUUGUGGAGUUAAUGGAUCCAGCAGCUGGAAUGGUUGACAAGGCAGUGGCUGUCUUAGCAAAUCUUGCCACAAUUCCAGAAGGAAGAAAUGCAAUUGGUGAAGAAGGUGGGAUUCCUGUUCUGGUUGAGGUUGUUGAGUUGGGUUCUGCGAGAGGAAAGGAGAAUGCUGCCGCAGCUCUUCUACAUCUUUGUUCACAUAGUACCAAAUUUUUAGGCAAGGUGCUUCAACAAGGAGCUGUCCCUCCAUUAGUAGCUUUAUCACAGUCAGGCACCCCUAGGGGCAAAGAAAAGGCCCAGGCUCUCCUCAAUCAAUUUAGAAGUCAAAGACAUGGGAAUUCUGGGAGGGGCUGA